GAAAGUAAAAGACUUUACCAGUGGCCUCCUCAUCGGAUACUUCGUCACCGCUGGUAUCCGGUUCCUCGUCGCUCUUGUCUUCCUUUCCCUGCGCCGAAGCUGGGAGAGGCGCGGUCUCUUCACCGUCGUGGUAUUCGAUGCUCUCCUCUCCGUCUUCGAGUUCCGAUUCGCCGCCUCCAUCGGUCUUCACGCCUUCAUGUCCAUUGACAGCGACUCUUUCGUCAUGCUCGGCGUCGUCGCUAUCGUCUUCGGAUUCCGCAUCCUCCUCUCCAACGGACACUCGUCCUUCAUGUCCAUUGGUUGCGCCCUCUUGCUUGUAUUGGGGAUAUUCGCUCCCCUCGUCUUCCGAUUCGGAAUCCCCGUCUCUGCCUGACGUUGGACCUUUGUGGCCAUUAACUGCGAGCCGGUAAUGCGCAGAACUGGCGCCAUAAUAGUCCUCUGGUUCCGACUCCGGCUCUCUCUUGAGGAUUAGGUCUUCAAGCCCAUCCAUUGCGAGUCGUUCAUGGUCAGAAUUG